CAGUCCUAUAAAUGCCCUUCAUCUUCUCUCCAAUGUUCCCCACAAAAUCUCCAACAUUGUUAUUUUUAAUUUCCUCUCUCUCUCUCUUUGGAGUGUUAAAUUUGGAAAUUAAUUAAUUAAAUUAUGUCAAGGGGCAUUAUAGAGCCACUUAUAGUGGGAAGAGUUGUGGGAGAUGUUGUUGAUCUUUUCACUCCAAAUGUGAAAAUGAAUGUCAUCUACAAUUUCUCCAAACAAGUCUCCAAUGGCCACGAGCUCCUCCCUUCUUCCAUUGCCUCCAAACCCCGCGUUGAGGUCGCCGGCGAUGACAUGAGAUCUGCUUUCACUUUAAUUAUGAUCGACCCAGAUGCUCCGAGUCCGAGUGAUCCUUACUUGAGGGAAUACCUCCACUGGAUGGUCACGGACAUUCCUGGAACCACGGAUGCUUCUUUCGGGAAGGAGAUGAUGAGUUACGAGAGUCCGAAGCCGAGCAUCGGAAUCCACCGUUACGCGUUCGUGUUGUUCAAGCAGAGCGCGAGGCAGACGGUGAAAUUGUCGUCGUCGUCGAGAAGCCAUUUCAACACCAGAAGCUUCUCGGAGGCCAACGGCUUGGGCCUUCCCGUCGCCGCCGUCUACUUCAAUUCCCAGAGAGAAACCGCCACAAGAAGAAGAUGUUGAUCAUCAUCAACUAAUAAUUAAUUUACCUCUUUACUUUUUUACUUCCAGCAUGCCCUUGUUUCUGCAUCUCUCCCCUUUUAAUUUGUUUCUCUAAUAAAAUCUCUCUUUCGCUGCUAGUAAACGUUUAUAUUUCUCAAAAAUUAGAAAUGAAAAAUGACAAACCAGAAACACGAGUGUUAUUUUAGAAAUAUUUUAAAAAGAAUGGGUGAUCGUUUGAGUGUGUUUAUUAAGAAA